AUGGCUGAAAACGAAUCAUCGAAUUGUAAAAUUGAACAAAAUGUUUGGCAAGAAUUACGACGAACAAUGGGAUGCUUAUCAGAUCAACCAUUUCAAAUCGUGUUUAUCAAAGGAAAUGCGAAUAACAACGAUUAUUUUAUACCACGAAGUGAAAUUACACAAUCGGAAAAUAUCAGUCAACCGGAUUUGACAUCAUCGUCUCUUCUGAGAACAGCUAGUGAUGGAUUUGGAGGAAGUCAUCAAAAUAUUAGUGAUUUGAAUAAAAUAUUAGAAUCACCGGUGAAAAUUCCAUUAUGCAGUCGAGAAAAACAUCUUCAAAAUAGUAAUAUUGCAGAACUUAAUAAUAUCUUUAAUUCCGAUACAAGAAAGACAAUAGAAUUGUCAACAAAUUGCAAGGAAAUAAUUCAUAGAGAGCUUACAUUUUGGCAUGAUCGUAUACAGUAUGAAAUGAAACAGGCAGAUGAAAUAAUAGCAAAUUUAUAUGCAAGAGUGGAACAAAUAAAAGGACUUAAUCGAGAGCUUCGCGAUCUUUUAACAUAUUUUAGUGAUGAUACGGAUAGUUCAGUAACAUCAUCAACAUCUUAG